AUCUCCCCGCAGGUUGUGCCCGACGACGCCGACGCGAUCUCCGAGGUGCUGGCGCGCUGGGCAGACGGCGGAGUCGCCAACCUCGUCCUCACCACGGGAGGUACCGGCCUCUCUCCGCGCGACGUGACGCCCGAGGCGAGGGCGACGCUCGCCGUUGUGGAGCGGACGCUGCCCGGCCUCCCCGAGCUGCUGCUCGGCGAGGCGCUGCGGCACGAGCCGCUCGCCGCCCUCUCCCGCGCCGCCGCCGGCGUUCGCGGCAAGUGCCUCAUCGUCAACCUGCCCGGCCGGCCGCGCGCGGUGACGCAAAACAUGGGCGCACUCAUGCCGCUGCUCGCGCACGCGGUGCGCGAGCUCGAGGACUAG